AUGCUGAUUGGUCAUAAAUCUGGAGAUAUAGUCAAAGAUCUGCAUGAUUCAGGGAGUACGUCCGAAGAUCUCAUAGGAAAAGGAGCCCUUACAAAGAUAAAUGAGAACAAACCAAAGAAGCCUAUGUUAGUUCAAAGAAAACCAGGAAUUCCCUUAGGGAUCCAAGUUCCUGUUGUUCCUGCGGGUCGUCUGUCUUCAAGUGUUGUUCUCUCUCCAAUUGCAACGGGCCAAGAAUUAGCAGAGGGUAUGUCAAACAUGAAGGUUCCUACUACAUCAGGUGAUGAUGGAGAGAGUUUGGGUACAUUGAUUGCAGUAACAACUGCAAACAGUGCCUUAUCUGAAGAACAGAAACCCCAUAUUCUACCAGAAGUUUCUUCUGUGCUACCUUCACGUGCUAUCAGUGUAGUGACAAGUUCUGUUCCAUUGCAGCAAAGUGAUAAAGAAGCUCCUUCAUCAACUGUUAGUGCCAAAUCCAAUGUUUCAUCUGAAAUAAAGAAUACUGGUCAUACUGUUCAGGAGAAUAAAUCUAGCAUAUCUUUAAGUCAGAUAGGUUCUCCUAGUAAACGAAUCUUCACUUUAAUUAAUUCGGGCGAUGCUGCCCAAUUACAAGCUCAACAAGCUUCGCAGCAAACUUCACUAGCUUCACAAAUGUUAGAUCGUAUUAUUUGUGCUAGCUUAGCAAAUUUUCCAAAUUCGGGUUCUUCUACUACUGAACCCGGACGAUACAAACCACUGAGCAUAGGUAGAGACCUGAAUGCUACAGAACAAAAUGUUCGUCCAUCACCUAAGAGUGCUUUAGAAGUAUCACAACCUAAAUUGGAUUGUGUGUCAGUAAAACCUCCAUCCCCUGCCAAAGUAGAUACUCAGGUUGGCAGCCCAAGUACUUUAAUUCGAUCACCUUCUAUUGGUGUUAGCAUUUUAAAAUCAUCUUAUCAAUCUCCCACUGAACAGAGGCAAAUUCAUGGGAGAACAACCUCACUGCCAGAACAAACUAAAGGAUUAACAACAACACUAGUUGGCAAUACUAGUGUAUCUUCUAGGAAAUUCCAAUCAAUACCUGUUACAACUUCUGCAAAUACUGUUAAUACUAGAAAAACUGAGGAACUGAAAAUGCCAUUUCAUUCUUAUGAAUUUUUAGAAGCAUUCAAACGUACACUUGAAAGUUCUCCUGAGCCUUUACAACCUAGAAGUGAAUCUUCUACUGUGCUUUCUAGUUCUAAAGUAAAAACUGCUUUGUCAGAGAAUACUAGAGAACUUUGUGAUGAACCAAUGAACUUCAAGAAAUUACAAAGUUCUGUAGAUAGUGUUUCUUCCCUGAUACCUCAGGAUUUUUCUUCCAAACAAGAUAAUCCAACAGUAGUGCAUUUGUCAGGUACCUAUAAGCGUUCUAAUCCACAGGUACGAAGUAUGCAAUUGACUAAUUCUCUUAGAGUUCAGCGAUCCUCUCCAGAAACUGUUUCUACUCCAGUAUCAUUUCCAGAAGGAAUGAAAGGUUUUCCUCUUCCCAUAAAAUCACAAAGUACAAAUCCUUCUUGUAUAAGCUCAUUAUCAACAACUAAUCCCACGCAUGGAUUAGUCAGUCGAACGUCACCGGCACAAGCUCACGAACCUGGAUUUACCAGUCCCCACAGGCAUAAUUCACCAUCUCCUCAUCGUUCUGUAAGUGCUCAUAGUCCCAGUCAUGGACAUCCAUCAUCCGCUGGAAACAGUGCAAGUCAUAAUCCAUACCAAUCAACACCUCUUUCACAUUAUCCUCCAGUAGAAACUACUCAUAAUCGUACAAUG